AUGGCUGCAGCGUCACCUUUGCUGCAGUACCCAGCAUCGGAUAUAGAUGCCUUGAGCUCAUCAGCACCGCUGCAGCCCGCCGCAAGUUCUUCACAGUUUCCGCAGACAAGUUCUAAUAUCUCCAGUCAACAACAAAUUAUAACAAACAACCAAUUUCAACCAUAUUACCUGCGACCGGGUUAUCGAUUCAAAACAAAUUUGCAACCGGUAUUGGAUGUUGCUGACGGUCCGGGUAGGCGAUUGCGCAAGAAUGUUGCAAACGUCCGGCGUCACAUCGAUUAUAUUGCCAAUGUACUAAAUCAUUUCGAGGCUCGAUUAUGGCAGCAUGAUUUGCGUGCUCGUGAGGCCGUUCAGCCAGAUAUAUUAUAUCAGAAUUCUGCGGUUCCUCCAACCACUACUGUAGACAAGACUAUUGACUGUGUUUUAAAUAAAUUUGUGCGAGCUGCGAUGAAUAAAGUUAAAUGUCCUAUUUACAGUAUUUGUUGGACACCAGAGGGUAAACGGUUGAUAACGGGUGCAUCAACGGGCGAAUUCACUUUAUGGAAUGGUACAGCUUUCAAUUUCGAGACAAUUCUUCAGGCUCAUGAUACAGCGAUCCGUGCUUUGAAAUGGUCACACAACGAUCAAUGGCUUGUCUCAGCGGAUCACGACGGUUUCGUAAAAUAUUGGCAACCAAAUAUGAACAAUGUACACAUGUAUCAAGCGCAUAAAGAUGAAGCUAUCCGAUCUAUCAGUUUUGCUCCCACAGAUGUGAAAUUGGUAACUGGUUCGGAUGAUGCUACCGCGCGAAUUUGGGAUUUUGCUCGAUGUGCUGAAGAAAAAGUACUUCGAGGCCAUGGAUCGGAUGUGCGUAGUGUUGACUGGCAUCCUCAAAAAGGUUUGAUAUGCACUGGAUCACGUGACUCACAACAACCGGUGAAAUUAUGGGAUCCAAAAACAGGCCAAUGUCUGUCAACUUUACAUGAUCAUAAAAAUUCGGUAAUGGCCGUGCAGUGGAAUAAAAAUGGAAAUUGGCUGUUGACUGGAUCCCGUGAUCAUUUGAUUAAAAUGUAUGAUAUUAGAAUGAUGCGUGAAAUGCACACUUACAAGGGACACAAAAAAGAAGUAACAGCAUUAGCUUGGCAUCCGGUUCAUGAAGGUAUGUUUGUAAGUGGUGGCGGUGAUGGAUCAUUGGCAUAUUGGCUUGUAAAUAAUGACAAAGAACUUGGAUUUUUGGAACAUGCUCAUGACCAAGCUAUAUGGACACUUGAGUGGCAUCCUUUGGGCCAUAUUCUGGCAUCAGGUUCUAAUGAUAACAACACUAAGUUCUGGGCGCGAAAUCGUCCAGGUGACACACAGGAUGACAUCUAUGGUUUAGCAUCAUGUUCUGGUUCGAUACCAGCGGCAGCAAAAGAAACGAAAACUGAAACUGAUGAGGAAAAAACUUUUGUUGCUGUUAUUCCAGGUAUGGGCUUGGAUGAUGACGUGUUUCAAGGAAUGCAGAAGAAAGAAGCGCGAACAACUGUUGGUGGUCCACCGGUUGGAGGACCUUUGCUAUUUCCAGAAGAUCCAAACGCACGUCAACAGACACUGAAUAUCGGUGCAAAAAGGACUCUGAUUAAACAACCUCCACCAAAGAAAGCUCAACGACAAUUUGAACGGAUGUGGAAUGUUGCGAAGCCUGGAGCUUCCGGAAACGAUGAUUAUGUUGAUGAAGUGCUGGACGAAGGGACAUUCCGUAGAUCCAAAGCCUCCUUGCUUGGGCCACCACCACGCUCACUGCUAUCUUCGAAACGUGAAGAAACUGUAGAUUCUUUGAAACUUUUCGAUGAAGGCCGAUCUCCUAGCCCUAGUCAGGACAGAAAUAGACGUUCCCAGAAAAAUCUCACUGGAUCAGAUCAGGAAAUUGGUUCGGUAUCCCUACAAAUGCCGCCAUCUGCACCGGCGGUUGUACAACAGUGGCCAAAUUCAACAGCAUCUCAGCCACCAGUGAUACAACAGAUUACCCCGCAACAAGGUAUUUUGGUACCAGCUGUGCAGACACUGACGGCAGUGGCCCAGAUGGGAGCAGCUGGUAUACCUUUACCCGCCUUACCCAUGCCACCAGCUAUUGGUCCACUUAUUUGGCCACCACCAAUUCCGGCUAACCUUACAUCUGUGCCUCCUGCAUCGUCGUCGUCCAUUCAGAACAGGGAUGUGGACUAUCGUACUGCACCUUCUUCUCUCUCAAUGCCACCACUUUUACAAGGUAAUAGCACCUGCACAUCCAAUGAUGUGGAUCUAAGAAAUCAGCAACCUUCGUCAUCUUCACAGUCACAAAGCUGGCGCUCUAGUACACAACUAGACAGUAAAUCAAUAAAUAAUGAUGAAACCUCAAGAACUACUCCUUCUACAGGCGAAUUAAGAAUACAUGAUCCUCGUAUAAGAAGAGGUGGGUCUCGAGGAAAUAUGGCUAGAAAUGGAGAUGACGAAAGAUCAGGAGGAUCUAUAUCUGGAACUCAAGUACGUGACCCUCGCAGAAGGCCUCAGCUACGUGCCCCAACUGCAUCUAAACAGGACGAAGACUUUGAUGGUCGUUUCGAAGGUAGUCAAGUUCGACGGCGUGUCUGGAUGCCAAAUAUGAACGAAACCGGAGAUGGUAGAAUUGGACUCGGCCAGUCAGUCCCAAUGCGUUAUGAAUUUAACUGUCCCGUCAGUGAUUUUGAUGAUCGCCUUCAACAUCAACAACAGUACCCGCCCUAUUUACAUCAGCAUACCGGAGGUGGGUUAGUACGGCGAGGGGCGAGCAGAAAUCGAAUUCGUAGAGGAGCUUAUUAA